AUGAGAGGAAGUUCUUAUUGUCAGAAGACUCUAACUGUGAGCGGCUCUAGCAGGAUGCGAGUUCAGAGUCCGUCUCCGUCCCGCUGCAGAACGUCCUCCUCCAUCACCCGGGGGCGCUCUGGGUUGAGCGGGGGCGCGGUAGAGAUCGGCACCGAGCUUCAUCAGCAUCAUGCUAACGAGAAGGAGGAGAUGCAGGUGCUGAACGCUCGCUUCGCCGGCUACAUAGAGAAGGUCCAGGCCCUGGAGCAGAGGAACGCCGCACUCAGAGAAGAACUGCAGAACCUGCAGGGUCUCUACCAUGCUGGACCGGGAGGCCUGGGUGAGGAGUACGGGGCUAGAUUUAAAGAACUGAAAGAUCUGAUCGCUGCGUUAACGGCCGAGAAGGGCGCGGUCGAUAUCGAUAGAGGAUAUCUGGAGGAGGAAGUUGAGCUCUGGAGCAUCAAACUGGAGGAAGAACUUGCACUUAAAGAGGAGGCUGAGAUGAUCCUGCGUGAGUUCCGUGAGGAUGUGGAUAACGCCACGCUGCAGAAAGCUGAUCUGGAGAAGCGUGUGGAGCAACUGGUGGCCGAGAUCGCGUUCCUGAAAAAGCUUCAUGCAGAGGAAGUGGCCGAGCUGAUGAAGCAGAUCGAGGAGUCCAAGGUGACGGUGGAGGUCGACUCUGAACGACCUGACUUAGCUGCUCACCUGCGUAGAACCCGCGCAGAGAUCGAGGCGGUCGCAGCACGCAACGUCCAGGAGGCUGAAAAAUGGUACAAGGGUAAAUUCGACACGCUGAAAGAAAGUGCGGCCAAGCAGGAGAGCAAACUGGUUAACAUGAAGCAGGAGAUCAGCUCGCUGAGCAGCGACGUGUCCGAGCUGCAGAGCCAGAUCGACGCUCUGAGGGCUAAAAACGCAGCGCUGGAGCAGCAGCUGGAUGACAUGGAGCUAACACAUCUGGAUAAAGUGGCUAACCUGGAAAACAUCAUCGCUCAGCUCGAGAACCAACUGUGUGAAACCAAGAUGGAGAUGAGCAGGUACCUGUCCGACUACCAGGAGCUGCUGAACAUCAAACUGAAGCUCGACGCCGAGAUCGCCACCUACAGGAAGCUGCUGGAGGGAGAGGAGAAACGCCUGGGCAUUUCCGCCACAGAGGGCACCUCAGAAAGCGUCGCAUCGUCUGUGGAAGCUUCAGCCUGAUUCUCUUCCUCCUCGUCCCUUUAAUCAGCACCAACCCUGAAACCUCAUCUGAACUCUGAGCUGUGAUUAACGUUACCCCCUCAAUCCUCCUCUACACACUGCCCCAAAUCUGCUGUAACCCCCAAAAAUAAUAAUAAUCAUGUUAAUAAAGCUUGGUUU